GCGCGCGCGGCGGCCGUUGGUGCGCGCGCGGCAGCAGCAGCAGCAGCAGCAUGGCCGGCUACAGCGUGGAGGAGCGCGCGGCGCCGCACAGCCUCGAGUACCGGCUCUUCUUCAAGGACGGCCGAGGGCAGUACAUCUCGCCGUUUCACGACAUCCCGAUCUCCGCGGAUGGCGGUGAGAAUGUGUUCAACAUGGUUGUGGAAGUACCUCGAUGGACAAAUGCUAAAAUGGAGAUCGCAACAAAGGAUCCCUUAAACCCGAUUAAACAAGAUGUGAAGAAAGGAAAGCUGCGUUACGUAGCUAACGUGUUUCCCCAUAAGGGUUACAUCUGGAAUUACGGUGCCAUCCCUCAGACUUGGGAAGACCCAGGUCAUAAAGAUGAAGAUACUGGCUGCUGUGGAGAUAACGAUCCAAUCGACGUGUGUGAAAUUGGAAGCAAGGUCUGCUCUCGAGGAGAAGUCAUCAAAGUGAAGGUGCUGGGCACACUGGCACUGAUUGACGAGGGAGAGACAGACUGGAAGAUAAUUGCUAUCAAUGUUGAAGACCCCGAAGCAGACAACUAUAAUGAUAUCAAUGAUGUCAGAAGGAUGAAACCUGGAUACUUAGAAGCUACAGUGGACUGGUUCAGAAGAUACAAAGUACCUGAUGGAAAGCCAGAAAACCAAUUUGCUUUUAAUGGUGAAUUUAAAGGCAAGGAUUUUGCAGUGAACGUUAUCAAAAGCACUCAUGAACACUGGAAAGCUUUAAUAGCUAAAAAAACGGAUGGAGGGGAGAUCAACUGCACAAAUCUGACUGUGUCAGACAGCCCUUUCUGCUGUAGUCAAGAGUGUGCAAAAGCUACUGUGGAUGCAGCGCCACCAUGUAAAGCUGCCAACCCGAUCCCACCUGAAGUUGACAAGUGGUUCUACUACCAGAAAAACUAAGGCUGAACGAUGCAUGGUGAAACCACUGAGUUCUUCCCACCGAGAAACUACCACGUGCAGAAAAUAGACAGAAAAAUAGCUUCAGUGUCAACAAGAAGACCUAGCCUGUAACUUAUUCUGAUCAGACUCGCGUGUCUGUCCGCGGCGCGUGUGCUGCUGCGUCGGGGUGUCGCGGAGGCUGGGGGUGUAACGCGUAAAACCGGGUUCUGCCGGCCCUUGUGCAUCGCGCCAAAAGCGCCGCUCGCGGCUCCACUGGUACGCGGCCUGUGCCUCGGAAAUAAAAGCUGCCGGACCCUG